AAAUUAUCAAGGGUAAUAAAUAUAUAAAUAUGAAUUACGAAAAUAAAACAAAAAGUAACAUUCAUCAAGUAUCUUUUAAUGAUCAAGAUUCUCAGGUUAUUGAAGAAGAACUUUCAAAAAUUCCAUUUGGUGUCUUAGUUUCGGUAAAAGAUGAACUUGAUAAUGCUUUAAAUAUCAAACAAAAGUAUCAGAAAGUACUUGAUGCUAAAAAACAAUUGAAAAUCAAUAAAAAAAACCAAGAAAAAAUAAUUAAAAAAAAACGCUCCAGUAAAAAUGCUCCGCUAGAAAUGUCUAGUAAAAAACCAGUUUCAAGGUUUCGAAAGGUCAUUCCUCUUACAAAAAUAGAACGGCGUGAUCCUCGUUUUGAUUUUCAAGACCGUGUAAAUCUUGCUAAUUUAAGUUCAAAAUAUUCAUUUAUAAAAGAUUAUCAAAAAGAGGAACUUCAAUUGUUAAAACAUAGAUUAAAACUUGAAAAAAAUAAUGAGGAAAAAGAACGGAUAAAGAAAACUAUUGUUUCUAUGGAAUCAAAAUUAUUAGCUGCCCAAAAUAAAGAAGAAGCCACUAGAAUUCUUCGUGAAUACAAAAAAAAUGAAAAAAAAAAGGCAAAAACAGGCAAAAAACCUUUUUUUUUGAAAAAAAAAGAACAAAAAAAACUAAUAGAAGCAAACAAAUUAUCUAGACUCGAAGGAACCAAAGCCUUAGAUAGAUAUAUGAAAAGGAAAGAUAAAAAAUUAGCAUCUAAAGAACGGAAAAGAUUAUUCAAAUAUCGAUAUAGAAACUAAAUGAUACCUAUGUUUUAUAAAAUCGAUACUAUAAAACUUUCUACAUUGUUUUAUAC